CGCGGCGCAGCGGUCCCGGGGAGCUGCGAGCUGCGAGGUGCGGGGCCGCCCGGCGGACUAAUGUUCCAGAAAUGACCACCCCAAAUAAGACACCUCCUGGUGCAGACCCUAAGCAGCUGGAAAGGACGGGAACAGUGCGGGAAAUCGGGUCCCAGGCUGUUUGGUCACUCUCAUCUUGCAAACCAGGGUUUGGAGUGGACCAGUUACGAGAUGACAACCUAGAAACUUACUGGCAGUCAGAUGGCUCCCAGCCUCACUUGGUGAACAUCCAGUUCAGGAGAAAAACAACCGUGAAGACCUUGUGCAUCUAUGCAGACUAUAAAUCAGACGAAAGCUAUACUCCCAGCAAGAUCUCGGUUCGAGUAGGGAAUAAUUUUCACAACCUUCAAGAGAUUCGGCAACUUGAAUUGGUAGAACCAAGCGGCUGGAUUCACGUUCCUCUAACGGACAACCAUAAGAAGCCGACCCGCACGUUCAUGAUCCAGAUUGCAGUUCUCGCCAAUCACCAGAAUGGCCGAGACACCCACAUGCGGCAGAUUAAGAUCUACACGCCCGUGGAGGAGAGCUCCAUCGGCAGGUUCCCUCGCUGCACCACCAUUGAUUUCAUGAUGUAUCGCUCAAUAAGGUGACAGAGCAAAGUCAUUUGGGGUAUCUUCGUUUUAUCUUGCUAGUAAAUAUUGCAGCUGGUGUUUUUAUUGAAGAAAAAAAAAUCUUGACAAUUCUGUGUGCAUUAAAAGGUAUU